AUGGGGAAACGAAAUGGUGAUGGAAAAAAGGACAUGGAUCCCGAGGUGAUCAUGAGGAAGAAGUUCCUAGCAAAAUGCAAAUUCAAAGCCUGUGGUCGGUUAGUGAUGGCAAAUGCGUACUGGUUAAUAGAGGAUGUAGAUCAGUACGAGGGCGUUGACGAUGUCAAGCGCAGAGUCGAGCAGGCUGUACGCGUUAAAGGCAAGAAGCAACUAUUGAGUGUUAAAGAUAAAGCGUUACUGAACAAACCGGCUGCUGAACGUUCAGACAACGAGAAGAGAUACAUAUAUCGCAUUAUUGGCGGCUUGAAGUGUUUCAAACGUUAUCCUAACACCGUAAAGAAGAAGUUAGCAGCAGUAACGUAUUUCAAGUACUAUGGUCCUGGUCGAGUAAUAGUGCGCGAAAUGCAGGAGGCACACGCCAUGUAUUUCAUUGUGAGCGGAGAAUUGGCAGUGACUCGUCUGGAAUUUGAUCCCAUACUCCAGAAGAAGGUCGCUAUGGAUUUAGGAAUUAUGCGCUCCGGUGACAUGUUCGGCGAGGUUUCCUUGCUGCAUAAUAUUCCGAGGACUGCCACUGUAACUACAACUGACCACUGCGAAGUGUUAAUAUUGCUAAAGGAAGACUUCAAGGAAGUUCUUUUGGUCACCGUGCAACAGCAGUGGGAUGAAGUCCGCAGAGCAAUGUUGAUGUUCUCUUAUUUUGAGUCGUUCGAUGAGUGUGCUCUCCGAGAAGGUUGCAUAGUCGCCAGGAUCAAGAGUUUCGAAUGUAACGAAAUAAUUCUCGGGGAUGGUUAUGGAAUACCCAAUUACGUCUACUUCGUCCUUUCUGGACGUUGUCAGAUGGUAGAGUCGUUGAAGAUUAUCAUAAAAAAACACCUGGGUAAAAAUUUCUACACAUUAUAUGACCCAUACGUGUCUAUACUAAUAAGUGACGAGGAUUUCGAAAAAAAAUGGGUAACUGGAUAUCACCCACCUGGAGGGACUCGAGAGCGAGAUGAAUCGACAACGACUAGUAAGAGAACGGACAGCAUUCUGAAGCGUACUAGCGACUCUCGUAGAUCAACCGUGGGGCAAACUUCAGCGACUAGACCAGCUGACGCAAAAUUAAUUGAAAAGAAGCCACGUCGAAGCAGCGACAGUUCUGGGAAGAGGACUAGCUUUUACGUGCCACCGACGCCAGCGGCGACGGCGACAGAGCAAGAUAAAAUUCAAAGCCUCUCUCCUGACCCAUCCCAGCGCUUGAACCCAGGUUUCAAUACGCUAUUGCAGCCGUCUGAGAUGGAACGUCUCGAGUGUAUAAGGACUAGUGCUCCUGGUAUAUUAACAGAACAAUCAAAGUCUCAGAUACAGACUUUCUUCAUGCAGGUAUGUCAAUACAAUGUGGGGUCGAGUUUUGGAUUUGGUGAAAAUAUGCGUGACCGCCGCAUAUUGGCCCUUACACCUGUGGAAUGCCUGCUUUUCCCCAAGAUAUGGCUGCUGCAACGUAACACUGCAAACAUUUGGACUCGUAUUCAAUACUUUCUUGAGAAAAAGAUACCGACCAAACAGACGUUAUUUAAAGAUUUUGUAGAGCAACGGCGUUGGGAAGAAUUCAAAUUCAUGCUGGUUGAAGACGUGCUGUUGAAUUGCAAAGUUGUUAACUACACGUCCUUACAUGACGUGCCUUAUUCCAUCCGCAUGGAGGAGAUGUGUGAUGUUUGA